GAUAAAGUUUUGGAUAGGGAUAAAAGUCACUCAUCAAGGGAUAGUGAUAAAAUGAAAAAACAACAAACUUCUGACCUUAAUAGUACUCUUGAGCGUACACCCUCAUUGUCUGCAAAUAUUUCUUCCUCACAACCAAUCAAUGAAGAACCUAGACGAAAAUUCGUUUACUCGUUUACUCGUGCAUUAGAUAAAGACGAAAAUUUGUCUACUCAUGCAUUAGAUAAAGAUAAGUUCCGUGGUGAGUUUACUACGGCUGUAGUUGCAUAUUCCGAACGAUUCAAAAGUGAAAUUGAUGAACGUAUUUCUACUUGA